AUGCCGUCCACUCCCGCAUCCGAGCCCCGUAGGAAGACGAAUCGUCGUGACGAGUCUCUGCGCAAGAAGAUUGAGAAUGAGCUCUCCCGCAAGCGCCCCGGCGGUGGCCGAGGCCAGCAGGAUGGCACCCCGUCGAGCUUCAAGCGCCCUUCCAAGCGCAACAUCAAAGGCACUGUCGCUGGUCUCCGCCCCAGUCCGGCCCUAACUGUUCCCGAGGGCAUGAGUGUCGCCGAUGCCGCCCAGCUGUGCGCGGCCAAGCGCACUGACUGUGUCCUAGUCGUCGACGAGGAGGAGGGCCUCAGUGGUAUUUUCACCGCAAAGGACCUUGCCUUCCGCGUCACGGCUGAGGGUCUUGACCCUCGCCUCACCGCCGUCUCGACCAUCAUGACUCGCAACCCCAUGGUCACGCGCGACACAACUAGCGCUACUGAGGCUCUCCAGCUCAUGGUUUCGCGCCAUUUCCGCCAUCUCCCCGUUUGCAACGAGGACGGUGAUGUUGUUGGCCUCCUUGACAUUACAAAGGUGUUCCAUGACGCGCUCGCCAAGGUCGAGCGCAGCUCGUCAGCAACCAACCAGCUUUCGGCCGCCCUUGCCGGUGUUCAGAGCGAGCUUGGUCCUGGUCUCAACAGCAAUCCCCAGGCCGCGGCAAUGCUCGCCUACGUCGACGCUCUGCGCGACAAGAUGGCUCAGCCGGACCUCAUGUCGGUUCUCGACACCAGCCUUCCUCCACCCACAGUCACUCCCCGCACCUCUGUGCGAGAGGCUGCCCGUCUCAUGAAGGACCGCAGAACGACUGCCGUCUGUGUCCUCGAGGCGAACUCGGCUACGAGCACGCUCUCCGGCAUGAGCAACCCCGGCGCUCCUCCGAAGAUCGCCGGUAUCUUCACCUCCAAGGACAUUGUCCUGCGUGUCAUUGCGGCCGGCCUCGACGCCUCGCGCUGCAGCGUCGUGCGUGUUAUGACCCCGCACCCAGACACUGCUCCUCCCUUCAUGAUCGUCCAAGACGCUCUCAAGAAGAUGCACAACGGCCACUACCUCAACCUCCCGGUCGUCACCGAGGAUGAGGGCCGUUUGAUCGGUAUCGUCGACGUGCUCAAGCUCACGUACGCGACGCUCGAGCAGAUCGACUCUAUGAACGAGGAGACGGGCAGCGAGAGCGGUGGACCAAUGUGGAGCAAGUUCUUCGACACUCUCAACCAAGGAGCGCCAGAGGACGACUCGGUGUCGGCUCUCUCGCGCCAUUCGUCACACGACACGCCGUCAAAGCUGCACCAGCGCGGCCUGUCUGUCACUUCACCUAUUUCGGAGGUGAUGCCUGGCGACUCGGCCUCAGCCAUAAAUGACAAUAUUUCCGACAUUGGCCUCAACAAGGGCCCUGCGUCUUCCGUUGCCCCGCCCGCACUUCCUGAGGACGACGGCACAUAUGUCUUCAAGUUCAAGACGCCAUCUGGGCGGACGCAUCGCUUCCAGGCUCGUCACGACAGCUACGACCUUCUUCGCGACAUUGUUCUGGGCAAGCUCCAGGUCGACCCUUUCUUUGAACCGUCAUCAGACUCGAACGCCUUUGUCCCCGACCCGACCUGCUUCGUUCUCAGCUAUAACGACGACGAGGGAGAUCUUGUUGACAUCACCGCCGACACCGAUGUGGCCGACGCCGUCAGCGUUGCUCGUGGGCAGAAGUCAUCUCGCGUUGUUCUCUCCGUCCACGGCGGCAAGAACUGGGAGGAGGCCAUCCGUCUGAACGCGGCUUCGGCCGCAGCUGAGGCUGAGGAAGCGGCCGAGGAGGCCAAGGUUGUUUCUGUGCCGGAGAAGAAGAUUGAGACGAUUCCCGAGCUCCCCGAGGUGUCCGUGUCCGUCAGCGACCCUGCGGAGACGUUGAAGGACCCUCGCGCGGACCCUGCCCACGAGCCAACCUACGGUGCAACGGGCGUCCACGCACGCAACAUUGUUGACCCCAACGACCUCAUCCUCGGCGUUCUCCCUAAGGAUAUGGCACUGCCGGCGGCGAUCGGCUUCCUGGGCGUCGUCAUUGCCGGCGUCUUCGUUGCGUCGCGCACCACCAAGUAG